GUUUACACGAUCACAGGCGGCAACCACAAGUCAACAUCAGUAACAGCUGAGCACCAAGCAUUUCAAACACCGGCGAACUUAACAACCUCAACAGGGAAGAAAUAUAACGUGUCUCAAUAAAGGGUAUGGACACUAAAAAGUACCAUUGAACAUGAAAUAAGGGAAGCUGCAAGAAGUUUACUUGUGUGUUUAUAUAUUACUCGAGUUUUCCGAAGUGUGCAGCAUGGAGGUGAAUGUGGCGCCGGCUGUGACCAUUAAGGUGCGGUCACAGGUGCAGUGUGUUGAGUUCUCCCCCUUUGAGUGGUCUCGUGGGCUGCUGGCUGUCGGUCUGCCCACAUCUGUUGCUGUCUUUACUGUGAAAAUGAAGGAGGAGAGUGAUGGCAGCAGUGAUGAUGAGUUUGAGCAGGUGUGGGAGUGGCACGCCUCCAGCCAGCCAGUGUCCAUCGCCUGGAGUCCCAGCUCAACCCUCCGAGCAGCGCCCGCCUGCCUUCAGGUUGCUGUGGCCUCUGCUGACCAUAAAGUUCGCCAGAUUUCCUCAGACUUAGGCGAAUCAAAUGUUGUACAGGAAAUCUUGAGCCACACAGACUUCGUGAACAGUGUCACCUACAACGGGGACAGUGGGAGUCUGGUGGCCUCUGCCGGGGACGACUUGACGGCCCGGGUGUGGGACAGCUCCUCACAGACACAGAUUUCAAAGUUCCUAUUAACAUCACCAGGAAUGGUGGUUCGUUUUCACCCGGACGAACCAGACCUGCUGAUGGUGGCGGAGAAGAAGGGAGUGCUGCGGGUGUACUCGGUCAGCAGCGGAUGCUCCACUCUGUACCUGAGAUGCUCGGGUCCAUUGCUGGGUGCUGACUGGUCCAUCCCCGAACCAGCACUCAUUGUGGCUGCCGGGGCGAAGGGACUCACUGUGUGGAAUGUUGCCUCGCUCCAGCCACACAGUGAGGUGAAGGAGGUAGGGCUGGGGGAUCGAGUGCUGGAUGUGCAAGUGUGCCGGUCAACAGUGGGUCUUGUGGCCACUCACGCUGCGCCACACACCGUCCGAGUCUCUCACUUCCACUCCAGCAAGAUUCCCAUCACUGCUCAUCUGAAGGUUGUCGGGGGAAUGAGCUGGCACCAGAGUCAACCCUACCUGGCUGUCGGCUCUGACCGCAAAGUUCUCUUGUGGAAGAUUGACAACAUAUAAAGACAAUUUUAUAUAGUUUGAUCCUUAACAAUUCAAGGAAAAAGUGUGAUGUUUUGUGUUGAAUAAUUGAUGGAUGAUUUUGUUAUUAAAUAUGAGCAAUAAUGUGA